GCCCGCAUUUGGAAUGAGCAGCCGAGGGAAUGAGACCCGGCGCGGCUCGCCACCGGCCCUAGGAUCCAGCCGGCUCCCGGGGAAGAGGCACCGGCCGCUGGCUAUGGGGCAGCGAUCCAGCCCUGGGAGCAGCAGCACAAGCGCCAGUCAGAGGAACCUGCCGAACUUAUUCAUUUUCCUGCUCUUCCUUGGACCUUUCAACUGCUUUGCAAGCUAUAGCCGUGCCACUGAACUUUUCUACAGCAUCAAUGAAGGGCUGCCCUCCGGGUUCCUGAUCGGGAAUCUAGCCCAGGAUUUACAGGUGCAGGCAACAUCAGAGGGAGAGGGAGAGGCCACAGUAGAGGGAAAGCAGCAGCCUCAGCAAUGGGGGGAAACCCCUCUCUCCUUCAGCCUUGCCUCCCAGGGAUUAGGAGGCCAGUAUGUGAACCUAGACAACCAGACGGGAGAACUGCGCACCUCCGCAAGGGAGAUUGACCGGGAGGCGCUAUGCACAGAGGAUAAUGUUGGCUCUAGCGUGGUUGCCUCCUCCCCAGUAGCCUCUUCUGAGUCGUGCUUGCUGUUGCUGGAUGUUAUGGUGUUGCCUCAGGAGUAUUUCCGCCUUGUCAAGGUGAAGAUUGCCAUCCACGACGUCAAUGACAAUGCCCCAUUGUUUCCCAUGCCACAGAUCCACCUCUUUGUGCCUGAGAACUCACCAGUCAACACCCGUUUAGCGAUCGAGCACCCAGCAGUCGACCCAGACAUGGGUAGCAACGGGGUGCAGACCUACCACCUGCAAGAUGACUUUGGGGUUUUUACAUUGGAUGUGGAGGAAAAUGAAAGCGGAGAAAGAACGCCUUACCUGAUUGUCAUGGGUGCCUUGGACAGAGAGGCCAGAGACAAAUAUAUUACCCUCAUAACUGCAGAGGAUGGAGGAGUCCCUCCACUGGUGGGCAGUGCCACCCUCACUGUUGGCAUCAGUGACAUCAACGACAACUGCCCACAGUUCAAUGAGACCCAGAUCAACGUCACAGUUUUUGGUAAUUCUAGUACUGGGUUGCCCAUAGCCUCUGUCCACGCUGUGGAUGUGGAUCAGGGAAUCAAUGCAGAGAUCACAUAUUCCUACAGCCAGAAGGUUUCUCAGUCAUCCCGCACUUUGUUUCACCUUGAUGAAAGCACAGGUGUUAUCAAGCUCUCCAAGAGGAUUAAUGGUGACACUCCUCGUCUCCAUCGGUUGAGCAUAUUAGCCAACGGUCCCGGUUGUAUCCCUGCAGUGAUCACUGUGUUAAUAUCCAUCAUCAAAGUCACAAUGAGACCUCCUGAAGUGAUUCCUCGUUUUAUAGCUAAUGAAGUAGAAGGGGUGGUUUACCUGAGGGAAUUAGAGCCUGUUAACACACCGAUAGCAUUUUUUACCAUAAAAGAUCCAGACGAAAAAUACAAAGUGGAUUGCUAUUUGGAUGGUGAUGGCCCAUUCAGGUUGUCACCAUACCAACCAUAUCGCAAUGAGUACUUGCUGGAGACUACAAAACCAUUGGAUUAUGAGGCUCAACAGUUCUAUGAAGUAUCAGUGAUCGCAUGGAAUACUGAAGGAUUCCAUGUCAAUAAAAUAGUGAAAGUGCAGGUUCUGGAUGAUAACGACAAUUCACCUGUUUUUUCUCAAACCCUGACAGAAUUAUCGAUUGAAGAAAAUAAUGCCCCCAAUGCUUUUUUGACCAAGCUAUAUGCAACAGAUGCGGACAGUGGAGAAAGAGGGCAAGUGUCUUAUUUCCUAGGGCCUGAAGCCCCUUCAUAUUUUGCUUUAGAUAAAGUCACAGGAGUUUUGACAGUUUCCACCCAGCUGGACAGAGAAGAGAGAGAGAAAUACCGCUACACAGUUAAAGCAGUAGAUUCCGGAGUACCAGCCCGAGAAUCAAUCGCCACAGUUACCAUCUCUGUGCUGGAUAAAAAUGACAACAGUCCAAGAUUUAUCAACAAGGAUUUUAGUUUUUUUGUGCCAGAGAAUUUUCCAGGCCUUGGGGAAAUUGGAGUUAUAAGUGUCACCGAUGCAGAUAUAGGGCAAAACGGCUGGGUAGCUCUUUCUGUUGUAAAUGGAAGUGACAUCUUUGUUAUAGACACUGGCAAAGGAGUGCUAAGAGCUAAGGUUUCUCUAGACAGGGAACAGCAGAGCUCAUACAUCUUGUGGGUUGAAGCGGUUGAUGGAGGUGAUCCUGCCUUGUCCUCUACCGCAAAAAUAACUGUCCUUUUGCUGGACAUAAAUGAUAACCCACCCUUGGUCUUGUUUCCUCAGUCCAACAUGUCUUACCUCCUAGUCCUUCCUUCUACUCUACCUGGAUCUCCUAUCACAGAAGUUUAUGCUGUAGAUAAUGAUACCGGCAUGAAUGCAGUUAUAGCAUACAGCAUCAUAGGGAGAAGAGGUCCCCGGCCAGACUCCUUUAAGAUUGACCCCAAGACAGGCAAUAUCACUCUGGAGGAGUCACUAAUGCAAAACGACUAUGGCCUUUAUCGACUUCUUGUUAAGGUUAGUGAUCACGGUUACCCAGAACCUCUGCAUUCCACAGUUAUGGUGAACCUCUUUGUCAACGAGACGGUGAGCAAUGAGAGCUACAUUGAAAGCCUUUUGAGAAAGGAACCUGAUAUUAACGUCGAGGAAAAAGAACCACAAAUCUCUAUAGAACCCACACACAAAAGAGUAGAAUCAGCAUCUUGUAUGCCUACCUUAGUGGUCCUGUCAGUAAUAAGCUUGUGUUCAAUAACAUUGGUGACUGGAAUGGGUAUUUACAUCUGCCUAAGGAGAGGAAGAAAGUACCACAGAGGAGAUGAAACAUUGGAAGUACAAAUCCCAUUAAAUGGAAGAAUUGAUCUCCAUAUGCUGGAGAAAAAGCCUGUGGAAAUUUCCAAUAUCUGAUGGCUUCAAAUGGACAAUCUCAACCAAAACCUAAUAAUUCUGAAUAGUGAUUAAGUUCCCAGAUACAGGAUUGUCAGCAGUAGCUACAGUGAAAGACUACUGAUUUAUAACUUAUUAUAAUUGUAAAUACUGUAGCUGUCUACAGCUUUUUUUUCAAUGAAAAGAAAAAGAAAAUCAGAUUCAUUGUACAGCUUUUUUUAUGAAACCAUAGUGCUAACAGCUGUCUGUGUAGACUUGGUCAUCACAAGACCCACCCAUAAAUUAAGUCAGUAUUCAUAAAGUGAAAGGUAAGACAAUGACAAAUUCAUUGUUAAAUUCUUUUUCAUUCCUGUGUCAUUUUUUACCACAAGAGGGCAACAUCUGCCAUUCCUGUAAAUGAGUCUGUUUAAAAGAAAAUGAAAAGUAUAUUUUAAAACAUUGUUUUUCUAAAGGGGAAAAAUAAAUAAAAUAAAAGUAUGGGUUUGAGGUAUAAUAAUUAUAUGUUUUAUUGUAUAUACAAGAAGUUGACGAAAAUAUGCACUGGUAAAUCAAACAGAAUGUUUUAUUACCUCAGAUGUUUAAAUAUAUAAAUCUCUAUAUAGGAACGGCAUUAACAAGAAGUGCAAUUUCUUGAGGGUGCACAUUAUCCCCUUGUGCGGUAAUGGACAGAAAUUAGAUGUUCACUUUCACCUUAAUAUGGAGAACAAACAUUAUAAAUUGCUUCAGCAAUAUUUUGAUCAGUAUCUCUUGGAACAAAUAAGAGAAAUAUGCCAUCUGGGAUGCAAACGAGUCCAGGUAUGCACAGGGCAGGAAAGGGUUUCUGUUGCCAAUUUCCCCGACCUAACACU